AUGACUAGGUCAUCAAAUUACCAAUCAAAGAUAGAAUGUAUCUCGGAUGCUUGGAGUGUCUACAUCAUUUACAACGAUGAUAAGUCAAAAGUUUACGUUGGAACCACCCGAGACCUUAAGGACCGACUUCAGAAACACAACAUUUUAGAAAAUGAAGUUUGGUCUCCAGUGUUUGCCAUCACAGGAUUCCACAAUAACAAAGAAGCACUAGAUUUUGAGACGAAUGUAAGAGCUUUGGCCAGAAAAAGGGAAUUCACCGAAUAUGCCACAUUAUAUCCUGGCGCAUGUCCUCCUUUGGUAUUAAAGCGUGUCCUUGCCAUUAGAUGUUUGUUGUGUGAAUAUGAUUUUUGUUGGAGAGCUCCAAGAGGAAAAAAACGCCGUUAUGUGUUACAUUGGGGAAGUUUUAUGAUUAGAGACCGAAGACAAACAGAAACGUUGAAAAAUUGCCCUUGGGCAAGGAUUGGAAGAUUUGUAAAACAUAUGGAAUUGGAUUUAAGCGAAGAUAGCCCUCCCGCAUCUGAAACCGAAUCUUCGAACGUUUCUGUCACUUCUUCGCCCGAACACAGCUCUAGAAAGCGAAAAGUUGUUGAUGAGGAUGAUGUCGAUAACACUGAUCAAGAAGAAUCAGACAGCAACGUUGAAGUUACUAAAUGUGAUAAUGAAGACUCUUAA